AUGGGUGGGCUGCUGGAGGAUGUCCAGGAGGAGCUCUGCGCUAUCUCUGCCAUCUACGGCGAUGAUGCCGUGGACGUGGACCUCGACUCGGGCAUCUGCACGGUACGCCUCUCCUCUGGCAGCGCUUCCUUGACUGCCGGGGUGCUGCUGCCCGCGGACUACCCGGCAGUCAGCCCCCCUCACCUUGAGGUGGCCAGCACCGGCAUGGACGACGCAGUGCUGGACGACUGCAUCGCAGGCCUGGUCGAGAGCUUUUCUCCGGGCGAGCCCGUCAUUUUUCAAUGGCUCGAGGCGCUGCGGAUGUGCAUGGAGGACUGGGUGGCGGACCAACCCCCGCCCAGCCCAGGGGAGGGCGGGGACGAGGCAACGGAGGCUAGCGACGACGCUAAGCCCGGGGGCGAGCUCCCUUCCCAGGCCCACCCAGAGGCAUCGCCAGGCCCAGACCUGGGCAUAGCGUACAGGUUCCAGAUGGGCAAUGGCACAUGGGCGAUGGACAGCGACGACGAUGGGGAAAGCGCGGCCGGCGGAAGGCUGCUCCACCUGCUCCAGAUCACUGGUGCUCAGGACGUGUGCGUGGUGGUUUCCCGCUGGUACGGAGGCAUCCAGCUGGGACCAGCCCGAUUCACGCACAUCAACAAUGCGGCCCGACAGCUGCUGGUCCAGUGCGACAUGCUGGAGGGCAGGAAUACCAAGUCCAAGGGCCCUCGCUCCCAUGCCUGA